AUGAAAACCAGUUUAGCCGUCCUAGGCGCUGCAACCCUUUGUGCAGCCUCUGUCUCCAACACUACCAAAGACGGCCUUAUCACCGAUGGACUCGUCUCUCUUGGAGAUUGGCAGAGUGCCUUCGACAAAGCUCAAAACUUUGUCUCACAGCUUACUACCGAAGAGAAAAUCACCAUCAUCGGAGCUGGAUCUCUGACCAACACCUCUGCAAAUUGGACAGCUCUCGGGAUUUCGGAUGGUCCACAAGGAGCGCAGAACUUCUACUACGAGAGCGCCUUCUCGAUGACAUGUGCCUUGGCUAUGACUUGGGACAAAGACGCUAUCUACAAACAAGGCAAAGCUGUCGCUACCGAGUUUUACCAGAAGGGCUUGCAAAUGUUGGCUGGGCCUGUAUCAAACCCCAUGGGCAGAUCAGCUUGGGGUGGCCGUAAUGGUGAAUCGUUUGGACCAGACGCCUAUUUUAACGGUAUUCUCGGUGGCAUCAGUGCAAAAGCCUACCAGGCAGGUGGUGUCAUCGCAGGUGGAAAACAUUUCAUCCUGUACGAGCAAGAGACUAAUCGUACUUCUUCCAUGAGCGGUGGUGGUGGUAUGGGAGGCGGCAUGGGCGGUGGCCCCACCAGUUCAGGCAACAGCACUAUGGGCGCUUCAACAUCUGGCUCUGCCCCGUCAGGCUCUGCUCCGUCAGGAAUGACUCUCAGAGCAAGAGCAGACAAUUCAUCCACUACCCAAUCUUCGACCGAGAGUGCCCCUUACUCAUCCAAUAUAGACGACAAGACGUUUAGAGAGACAUACCUCUGGCCUUGGUACGACAUCAUCAAGGCUGGCACUGGUGCAGUCAUGUGCGCAAUGACCGAAGUCAACAACACUGCAGCUUGUGAAGAUAGCUCACUCCUUAUGGGCAUGCUCAAAACUGAUCUUGGCUUCCCUGGGAUGGUUUGGCCGGACCAGAACGGUCAAAAAACGGCUCUUGGGUCAGCCACAGGAGGCCUUGACUACGGUUCAAGCAGUACCUGGUCUACAUCAACUAUCGAAGCAUUCUUGAGCAACGGCUCUCUUUCAGAAGCCCGUCUGAAUGAUAUGGUUAUCCGCAAUGUUAUUGGCUACUACAGAGCCAAUCUGGACAACGGAGAACAGCCUUCCAAGGCAGACUACGAUGACUACGUCGAUACCAUGUCCGACCACGCCAACAUCAUUCGUGAGAACGGAGCGAAGUCAAUUGUUCUUCUUAAGAACGAUGGCGCUCUUCCUCUGAACAAGCCUAGAAGAAUGACACUCUUCGGUGCCAACGCCGGACCUGUCAUGGGAGGGCCCAACCUGCAAUUCACUGUUCAGGGCUCUGGGCCAACAUACCAAGGCCAUCUUGCUAGUGAUUCUGGCUCCGCUCAAUCUUCGCUACCCUAUCUCAUCACUCCUGAAGCAGCUCUGACGCUCAGAGCAUCGAAGGAACAUACCAAUGUCAAGUGGAUCUUAAACGACACAUACAGUACGAGCAGCUCGGGCAACACUCUGGUUACUCUAUCUUCCUCAGAGACUGCUGUCGAUGCUUCUUAUGCGGGAUAUGCGGCCGCCAGUGACGUAUGCCUCGUCUUCAUUAAUGCUCUAUCAGGCGAAGGUGCCGAUCGAACUGAGUUGUACAACGAGGAUCAGGACACCAUGGUUAACACCGUGGCUGCCAACUGCAAUAACACCAUCGUCUUCAUUACUUCCACUGGUAUCCGCCUUGUUGACCAAUGGAUUGAGAACGAAAACGUUACUGCUGUGCUAUACUCUGGUCCUCUUGGUCAAGAGAGUGGCAACUCAAUCACCGACGUUCUCUACGGCGAUGUUAAUCCCUCAGGUAGACUUAUCCACACUAUCGCAAAGAACGAGUCGGACUACAAUGUAGAGAUUUGCUACACCUACAACUGCAACUACACCGAGGGCAACUACAUCGACUACAAGUACUUUGAACACAGCAACACCACCGCUCGUUAUGCUUUCGGUCACGGCUUGUCGUACACUUCCUUCGGCUACAGUGACAUCAAGACGACCAAGCUCAUGUCCAACCUGUCAUACCACGCCAAGGGACGUCUUGAAGUUGGCGGCCGUGCAGACUUGUACGACGUCGUUGCAGAGGUCGAUGUCAAUGUGCAGAACACCGGUUCGCGUGACGGAGCCGAAGUCCCACAGCUCUACAUUGGCUACCCAGAGGGCUCUGGGGCUGAUCAACCUCUCAAGGCUCUCCGCGGCUUCGAGCGUGUAGAGAUCAAGAAAGACGAACACAGCCAGGUCAAGUUCCAGCUCAGACGCAGAGAUCUCUCGUUCUGGGACGUCACUGCCCAAGAGUGGGCUUUGCCGACUGGUGAUUUCAAGAUCUAUGUCGGCGCUUCUUCCACAGACAUUCGACAGACGGGUACGCUGGCUAUGUAGAUCUCAGAUCCUUGGAUUCCUUGCUGAAGAUUUGUAGAGGGUGGAGAAGGUGGUCUGUUGAGAUUAAACCUCUGGCUGGGUAAGAAGCGAGAAACAACGCCGACGGAGUUUCUACCGAACGCAAUGUCAAACUUAAUUAGCGCACAUUUGUAUGUUCAAGUUCUUCCCCUCCAUUCCCACUACCUG